AUCUGCCUCAUUAACACAGGAAGAGAAGCGGAAUAGAGAGAGGGAGAAGAAAAAAGGUCUUGAAGGGGAAGAGAUCAUGAUAAGGCAGAACCUGGGUCGAUCAACUCGUUCCAUCUGUCUGGGCCUGGCAUGUCUGUCCCUCGCUCUCAACCUCCUUCUGGCAUUUUUCUGUCUCUCUGUCCUCCAGACACCCUGUGUCCUUCCCACCUCCUCUUCUUCCUCCAUUCCAAGAACAAAUACUCAGCACCGUCAGUCCAUCUCCCACUCCUCCUCUUCUUCAGAUGUCUCCUCCUCACAUAAACUGCCAACGAUCCCCCAGAAUGGAGAGCAUCACAAACUGAAUGCCAUCACCAAUAAAGAGAGAGACUCAUUCAGUGAAGCUACUGAGAGGAAAAAGAAACUGAUUGGAGCUGGAAAAGUCAAGGUUAAGGGUUAUUCUAAGCUGGAGGCGCUGUUCAAGCACCCGCUGUACAAUCUGCCACGUCCAGAGCUGCAAGACGAUGACUGGCUGCUGAGGGUAAAGAAAACUGAACAUGCAAAGGAUACAGGAGGUGAGGAAGAGGAGAAGGAAGACACCAUAAAUAGUGACAGCCAGUGGCAGAGUGCCAGUGAGGAGGAGGUCUAUGACAAGGUCACUUGGACGAGCGAUGUGGAGACCCACCCUCCCUGGCUACGGUUCCACCUGGGCAUCACUCGCUGGGAGCUGUACAACAGGAAGGAUCCCAACCUGGCUCAGCUUACUCACUAUUUGGCAACGCAACGUAUCCUCGGUGCUGUUCAGAAGACAGGAGGUACCCAGCUCAAACUGCUCAUGUCGUUCCCGAACUACGGACAAGCUCUGCUGAAACCCAUGAAGCAAUCCAGAGACGCCGAGACAGAUGUAAACCUCUUCUACUUCUCAGACUUUGAGAGGCACAAUGCAGAGAUCGCUGCGUUUCACCUUGACAGAUUGCUGGGGUUUAACAGGAUCCCUCCAGUGGUCGGUCGACUCAUCAACGUCACCUCAGAGAUCAGAGAGAUCACCACUGACCGCAGGCUGUCUAGGACCUUCUUCACUUCCCCCGCGGGCAACGUGUGUUUCUAUGGCCAGUGUGAGUACUACUGUUCGUCAGAGCACCCACUGUGCGGUCAGCCACAUGCGCUGGAGGUUUCCCUGGCUGCCAUGUUACCUGACCUCACCCUAGCACCCCGCAGGUCCUGGAGAUCACCUUGGAGACGCUCCUACAGCCGCACCAAGAAAGCACAGUGGGACAGUGUGCAGAGGGAGGAACUGCAGCGGAGGGAGGAACUGCAGCGGAGGGAGCCUCCAUAA